GGUUUCAUCUAUUAACUAAACACACUAGCUUAUAAGCAUAAACUCUACUAACUGUCAAAUAGUCAUGAAAUUUUCAUUCUCCAGCAAAUAUGGGUUUGUUUUCCCCUUUCCCAUAAAUCAAGCUCUACAAAUAGCACAUUCAUCUAUUUCACAGGCCUAACUUGUUUAACUAAGAACAUUCAAGAUUUUCUUCGAUGGCUGAAGUUUCGUUCAUCUGUAAACGAACUGUGAUCAGCACGAAACCCGUGCAGCCCGCGAAAUUCUGCCCUCUAUCAGUUCUCGAUCGUGUUAUGGAACGCAAUUACCUUCACAUUGUUCUCUACUACCAGUCUCCGGUGGAGCAGAGUCCCGGAGAGCUUACUAAGAAACUAAGAGAGGCAAAUGCUGAAAUGCUUUCUUCUUUUCCUAUAAUUACAGGACGAUUAUUGAAGACUCCAGAAGGCCACUGGACGAUCAAGUGCAAUGAUGCCGGGAUGAGAAUGGUGGAGGCAAGGGCGAAAGGCAGUGUCGAGGAGUGGCUGCAGAAUUUGGAUAGGGAAAAGGAGCUUCAACUUGUUCACUGGGAGGAAAUGUUCCACAAACCGUACUUCUGGUCGACGUUUUAUGUUAAGGUUACUGAAUUUGAAGAAGGUGGAAUAGCAAUUGGAUUGAGCUGCACUCACCUGCUUUCAGAUCCUCCCUGCGCCACUAUGCUUAUGAAAGCAUGGGCAGACAUGACUUUAGGUGGUAAAAUGAUCAGUCCACCUUUGUUUCACCCGUUGCCCGGACGAAGACCGGGAAACACGAAAACCAACCACGAUCCUUACGUGGAAUUGGUCGAUCACUACAAGUCGUAUAUAGAUAUGCCAGCUCCAGUUUUUGACACGAAACAAGCAACUGUAACACUAAGAUUCGAAGAUGAAUUCGUUAGAAGGUGCAUUACCGGAAUUUCAUCCGAAGAGUCGAGCCGGACACCAUUUGAGGCUCUGGCAGCACUAUUUUGGGUUGUUGUUAGCAAGGUAAAGGGUACGAAAGGCGGUCUAACUAACAUGUCGAUAUGUUUAGACAUGAGAAAAGUGCUAGGCCUCGACCGAGGCUUUUUUGGAAACUGUAUGGUCUACAACAAGGUGAAUGGAGAUGGUAUAGAAGGCCAUGAAUUAUGUGAGGCUGCAAAUGCUAUAAAGGAAGUUGUUAAGAAAAUGGAUGCUGAUGGUAUUAUGGACUUGAUCGAGUGGUUGGAAGCGAGGAAUUGCCAGAAUCCACCUUGGAUGAACGGUUAUGAUCUCAUUUGUGUCAAUUUAGAGGACGUGGACUCGUAUUCUGCUCUUUUCGAAGACAAUGCUCGGCCACUUCGUGCCUCAUAUUACAUCGAGCCCCCUGUCGGAGAAGGGCAGAUACUGAUCCUGCCACUACCGGCAGGCGCCAGGGAUACAUUCAGCCGAGUGGUUAUGAUCACACUACCGGAAAAUGAAGUAAAGAAGCUUCUUGAAGACGCAUUAAUCCAGGAGCUUUCCCCAACCAUUUUGAUGGGGUUGAAGAAAAUGCCUUCUUGAUAAGUACCAACAGAAGUUUAUGAAAUAAAAUUGUUCUCAUCU